GUACAGUAGAUCAACACAUUCAUACGAUUGUUAUGGUUAAAAGAUGUGCAUUCGGACUUUGCAACAGUGACAGUCGGUAUCCGGCCCGGAAUGAGGGGGUGAUAUUUUACCCAUUCCCUAAACCUAAAACAAAUAUUGACAAAUGUCGACGGUGGAUCAAGGCGUGUAAUCGUCCCCACAAACAACUCAACGUCGACAGCAUAACAAAAAACACUUAUGUCUGCUCCAAGCACUUUAUGAAUGGCUGUGGUCCUACACCAACAUAUCCUGACCCCAUUCCUCUGACUUCCAGCACAUCCAAGCCAUCUAGACCCCCUCCAAGGAACAGGGGAAUCUUCAACAAACAGUCAAGUGAAUCAGAAAAUCAUGAAGACCCUGAUAAUCAAUGUGAAGAAUCUUCUCAGCAUGUUACUGCCACUGGUGUGUCAACUUGCUCUCAAACUGAGGAAAAAUGGGUUGAACCUAUGGAUGUUUUACUACUGGCUGCUGAAAACAAGAACAUUUUGGAGGAAAAUAGAAGCUUAAAUGAUUUGGAGAGCUUUCCAUCUGGCCUCACAGAAAUGUCAUCAAAGAAAAUAUGCCACCCAAAUUUAAAGAAGAAUUUCCGACAACUUUUGGUAUUCUUGACUGCACAGAAAUAAAAAUCAACAAACCAUCAUCUCUUAAGGCCCAAUCACAAACCUACAGUGACUAUAAAAGCUGCAAUACUAUGAAAGGUUUAGUAGUGUGUGAUCCAAGGGGUUCAGUUACAUUUGCUUCCAUGUUACUUAGUGGCGGUAUAUCUGACAAGGAUAUUUUUGUUCGAUCGAAGUUUGAAGACAUGCUCAAAGACUUGUUGGAUGAGGGUUACCUACUCCAAGGAGAUGGACUCAUGGCAGAUAAAGGAUUUAACAUUGAAGAGGAAGUAAAGAAAUGUGGGCUGCAAUUAAACAUACCACCCUUUGCAACCAUUGGAAAACAAAUGACCAAGAGUGAUGCUUUACUAACCAAGAAAAUAGCUAAACAUAGAGUUCACGUUGAAAGAGCUAUUGAGAGAAUCAAACGUUUUAAAAUUUUAUCUGGAAAAUUCAAACUCUCUUUAUUUACUUUGAUUAACCAAAUAUGGUAUGUCUGUGCUAUGCUUUCAAUUUUUUUUCUUCCUUGCAUUAAAAACAAAACCUAA